UUUACAUGCAUGUAAACAUCCUUAUAGUAAUUCAUUUGAACUUGUAUGAAUUGGCAGCUGUGAUUAUAGACGUUGUAGAAGAGCCAUCAGGUAUUCUAAUUUCCCUUGAAUGUAAUUAGCAGCACAUGCACAGCUGAAAGAGCUAUUGUCCUUUAAAUAACGCACCCAAAUAGGAUGGAGCCUUCUCAAGAAUUCUAUAAUGAAGAUGAACUGGGGUAAUGACCUCAGACCCUUUGAUCAUAUUUCUCACUUCCCUAACUUUUGCUUGGAGGUAGAGACCCAUGUUUAAAUCAUUAUCAAACUCAAAGGGUUAACCUGUGAUAGGACUUCAAACAAGCAGUCCUGCUUGCUCUUUCAGAGGGGGUGGCAAGGCAACUAACAAAUUCUUCCUCAGGCAAUCUGCACACAGAAAGCAAAGCUUGGAGGAAUAAAAAAGGCUUUGGCUCGAAGAAUGACAGAGGAUUGAUGUGUGUUGGCUGCCAGACCAUCUCGAUUCUGAACUCUUCAGGAAAGCUGUAAAUACCCUCUAGAGUGCUACACGGCGAAUGGAGAAGAUUACAGAGGCAAGCAGAACCAGACCUGUCUUCACGGAGGGAAGCCCUGUCUGUACUGGAACGAGACCUUCCAACACCCCUACAACACAAUGAAAUACCCCAACGGAGAGGGGGGGCUUGGGAAGCACAACUACUGCAGAAACCCAGAUGGUGAUGUCAGGCCCUGGUGUUACGUCGCUGAUCACGAGGACAGUGUUUACUGGAAGUACUGUGACAUUCCCACAUGCCAGAUGCCAGGAAACCUGGGCUGCUUCAAGGACAGUGGGGACCCUCCUGCACUGACAGGCAGCAGCGAGACUUCGAACAAACUAACCAUUCAGAACUGCAUCAGUUUCUGCAGAAGCAAAAGAUACAAGCUUGCAGGGAUGGAGUCCGGCUAUGCCUGUUUCUGUGGGAACGAUCCAGACUACCGGCGACAAGGGGAGGCUGCCAGCACAGAGUGCAACCACGUGUGCUUCGGGGACCAUACCCAGCCCUGCGGAGGAGAUGGGAGAGUCAUCAUCUUCGACACACUGGUAGGGGCUUGUGGAGGAAACUAUAGCAGCCAGACGGGAGUGAUUUACUCCCCGGAUUUCCCAGAUAAGUAUGGGAACAGUCGGGUGUGCUACUGGACCAUCCAGGUUCCAGGUUCAUCGCUGAUCCUCUUCAACUUCACGUUCUUCGAUGUCAGGGACCCCUCGGACAUGGUGGAGCUGCUGGAUGGGCACACCAAUCAGGUGGAGGCUCGGUUCGAUGGCAGCAACCCCCCACAGCGUGCUGUCAAUGUUUCAUCCGACUUCGUCAUCUUGUACUUUUACUCUGAUCGGACCAACCAUGCCCAAGGAUUUGCAAUGUUAUACCAAGCUAUGAAGGCUCAGGCACCGAAAGUGAUCGAGGAGAGGAUCAAUCACACUGAGUCGGAAGUGAUAACUGAGGGCUCCAAUCUGAGUUUGAAUUCUGGAAGAUCCUCACAGAUCUUUUAUGUCAUUACUUCCAGCCCCAGCAAACAGGAUCACCCCAUGCCAGUGUGGACUAUCUAUGCCUUGGCUACACUUCUAAUCCUGACUGCCAUAGCGAUGGUUGCAAAGAUGCUUCUACAUGUAACUGUUAGAUCACCACCAAUCACCAGCUCCGAAGACUGCAACCAAAAUACAUCAUCCGAACCCUGGAUCAUCUUUUACAGGCCUUCCACCAUCUCCUUCUUCAAGAAAAAGCUAAAGGACCAUCAUGGAGAUCUCAGUCCCCUCGUCGGCAACUAAGCGCUGGAGAAACCUGGAGGAAUGCUCUCCACAAGGACAGAAACAGCACGGCAGAAUAGAGGACAUAUCUACCAGACUGGUAGCCAUCAGCAUCAACCGUACACCCAAUCAACUGAAUGACUGAACAAUCUUUGGUCAGGCAUGUGGGAAUCGGUGCUCAAUCAUGUUUUCUAGAACAAAGGCAUUUGUUACAGUGGUGGUAUCGCUGCUAGACGUCAUGCUUCCUUUAUUACAGUUGCCUUUGAAUUUAUGUGCCUUAAACUCUUGAGGGACAUGCAUGGUUUCCCAGGGUCAAACGGAGCACUUACCACAAUACACCAGAGGCUGAUGGAUUUGAACAGAGCAGUUAAGAGAGAACUCUUCCCAUAGCUACAGAACUUCUCAUGGUUCAUCAUACAGCCAGUAGCAUGCAGCACUCCAGGAAACAAGAAAAUAGAAAGAGCUGGAAUCCAUUAAAACAGCAUACUUAACAACAGCAAGUUGGGAUCAGUGGACAACACAAGGGUCAUUGCCAUUGUUCUUACCCAAACAUCCAGUUGGGAUUUGCCAGUUGUCAGAUGGUCUGUGUUUGGUUUGUUCUUAUGUGUUAUAGGUCCAGUAGUUUAGCAGCAGCAAAUGCCUUUCAUCUCAGCUGGGCACAGACUGUAGUGCCAAAUGGAUACAAUUAGAGAAUUCUCAACAAAUAACAAGCUUUUCCCCUCUCUGGAACUACAGGCAGUGUAUGUGACCAUGGUUGUUCUUGUCUUUGUUUAAGAGACUGACAUUUAGAACAACCUUAGAUCUUAUCUAGACACAUUUCAUUAUUUCUUUGUAACUGCUGGGAAGUGUAAGCAUUUUGCUUAAACUACUUCAAGUGCCUUGAGGAUAAUAAUAAAGCAGAUGGUACCAGAGAGGAAAUGGCUUCAACAAUAAUAGACGUGGGAUUUUAGGGAGCUGCCCUUUAAUUUGCUUCGCAAAAGCCAAGGACUGCAAAACUUGGUCAUCACGUCAGUGAAAAAUCAAAUGCAGUUGAUCUGCAAAAUGCAUUUAAAUUAAGAGAACGACUCUAGUGGAUGUAAGAAAAAUACAAUUAUGUAGUGCAUCUGUAGCAUGAUUCGAGGAAUGGAGGAAGAACAAAUCAUAUCAACAGAGUGACUUUUUAUUUCGCUGUACCUUCUUUUCUAAAGGCCAUGGCGCCUUGACAAUGGCAAAUAACCAUGUCAUCCGUUGACUGGGAUGUAUUUCCAUGUGUACCUUCAAAUGAUUCAUUCAAAGAAUCAAUUUUUUUCACCAAUUAUGGUUUGUAUUUCCGGCCAUCCCCAAUUUGGUUAUGCCCAAUCGUAGCAUUUUACUGAACUCUAGAAUCUCAGGACAGAUCGUGCCAGUAGAAUAUUCUAUUAUGGUUUAUUAUUGUAAAGGCUGGUAUUGCUUUGAGGCGAAUACCCUGGAAAUGCUGAUCUCAAUUCUAACAUGACACUGACACGGUCGAUUGGCACUGGACUAUAAAGACAGGACCUCUGAGAAAAUUAUCGGGGAUAAAAAGAAAUGGGCGAUUCGCACAGGACUACAUCUCACCGAUGUCUGAAUUCCAAGGCCACCUGUUUAUAAACUGAUCUUUAGUUCCGUGCGGGUCAGGCUUGUGUAGUACUUCUUACAUCCACUAGAGUGUCACAGGGGGUUAGAGGUCACACUCCAGGGGUUCUUGAAGGUUAGACUUAAUUCCGAGAGGCACACUGAGGCUACAGGGGAUGUGAUGACUGAAAAUUAUACAGUGAAUCUAAACAAGGCGAAUACUGUAGUGAAAAUCACGCUGAUAUUUUAUUCACACACAGUAACUCUUUUACAGCACUUGAAUUAUAUUUUAUCUACACUGUGACAUCACAAGGACUGCAUUUUAAACACAGUCCAAUAGUCUGCAGUUUUAUUUUGCAAUACUAAAUUGUUGAUUUUUUUUUUUUUUUUUGUAAAUAGCUGGAGAAAGUCAACAAGGUGCUGAAUUGCAUUGACAAAUCAAACAGGACGAUAUAAUAUGUCAUUGUUCCCAAGGGUAAUAUUACUGCCCUGGAAAGGGUAAAACAACAAGGAUAGUCUAUCAGGAUCUCAUUUAGGACAAACAAUUUCUUAUUCCUGGUACAAACCAGGAGGCUUUCAGCUGACUUCAGUGAUGACUUGAAAAUGAUUGCUAAACUAGUCAAACAGUUCACCCUGCCAAACUGUAUGAGCUUCUUGGAUAUCAGAGUGCCGUAGGGAUAUGGGUGUACAACCUUAUUGUUCAUAACACCUUGUAGGAUAUUGUUUAAGCACAAAUACUAUCAAGAGAAAACACUACAUGCACAGCAGUUAGCAUCAUUCAAUGCAAUGUAGGAAAUCUUGCAAAAAAGUAGAUGGUUCACAAUUUCAGAAUGUGGAUAGCUAUGGCAAAAAAGUAGAUGGUUCACAAUUUCAGAAUGUGGAUAGCUAUGGCAAAAAAGUAGAUGGUUCACAAUUUCAGAAUGUUGAUAGCUGUGGCAAAAAAGUAGAUGGAUCACAAUUUCAGAAUUCUGCAGAGCAGAAAAGCACAGUGUUUACGACAUGCUGAAACCGUGUAGAUCUCACUGAUGCCUUCAGUAAUGAGAUCCAGCCACAAGCUAUGAAAAGAGGAGAAUUUCAGACUCGGAUUACAUCUGUAAAAUCUCAGAAACCCAUGCUAAGCUUUAAAGGCUGAUAAAACCUGCAGUUGGCACAUAAUUGCGUUAUCAAGACCUGUUUUCAAGCAAAGAAACACCAAUGGGUCCUAUUUUCAAGAAACUGUACAUUUUCUGAAAGAAAAUAAUUUGAACACUAUAAAGCGAGCAAGAACAGUAAUUGAAUUGCUGCUCCUGAAAGCAGUGUCGUGCUAGUUUUAUAUUCACAGUAUCUGGUGCACUGCUAAUUCAUUGUGGUCACUGGUGUGACUAUAAACGCCAAGGUAUUUCCCGGGAGUAAUACCCAACAUGACGAGACAAGAAUGCAAAUACUUUUGAAAAUGCUUCUUGGUUUUUGUGUAGCAGCUUUUGAGAGUCCCAUCAAGUAACUUAGAGCGGGUGCAACAGAGGGUGCUACUAGUUCAAUUAACCCACAAAAGAGGAUAGAAGACGACGUUCAUUUGACCCUGUGCUCGCCAUUUAUGUGAAUUUCCAACAGCUACUGCAGCAAUAGAAGAAAGAUUUAUUACAGAUGGAUUCUGAACAGGACACACUUUCAAGGACACUUGAAAUGUGCAACCGCUUCUCUGAGCAUGUAGUGACGGGUUAGUCCGCUGUCUUCUUGAACCCAUUUGUAUAUGCUGCAAAUCAUGAAGAGCAUUCCCCAAAUCCUGGGGCUUAAUCACUUUAGAUAGGGGCCACUUUCUGACUAGUUUCGUCAUCUGUAGAGGACACUGUAGGUUUAGUCUUUUCAGUUUGAUAUAGCCAGUUAUCGUUUUCAUUCAAAUCUUUUUGGACAUUAAAUUGAGAAGGCAUCAUUCCAAGUCAGCAACAGCACGUUCCUCCAUAAAUGAAAGUUUGAAAAACGAAAAAAGAUCAGUGAACAGAGUGAAAGCAUUCUCCCCACAGCAUGACAGCUGCGGAAACCUUGCCCCCAUUGUAGUACUUCUACCGAUACUGUGCAUGUAAAACAUGAAUAUAGCAAUACAUAUGCGCUUACUAGUCACUUAUAUCUGUUAGCACUGUCCAGAAGUUGAGCAUAGUGCUUGCUUGUCAAAUUAAACCCUGUCUUUUGACCGUUUGUCAGCCAGUUCUUCAUCUGGACCGUUAUGUAUGCAUACAAAGCAGUCUGAUCCAAGCCCUCCCCUCAGUUCACAUAGGGUUACACUUCAACAGGAGGCCCCCUGUGCUUUUGAUAAUGGUUAAACAGUAGUCCUGCUCUUUCAUACCAACUUCAGGUGUCAUUAGAGAUACAUAUUUUGCGUGCAACAAAUGUAGAAAUUUGAGUUUAUAAAGCGUCUACUCUUUUUUUUUUUUUUUUUUUGGACCGAAUUGUAUAUAUAGAAUUAUAGUGAGAAUUUUAAUUUAUACAGUAAAUUAUUCAGUUAUUUUGGAUGUGAAUGGGAUACAUUUUAUAAGAGUUAAGUUAAAAUGUAGAUUUAUUUAAUGUGACUGUAAAAUAAACAUGCAUGUUUUAUAAUGACUGCAUUUUUCCAUGUGUUUUUAAAGACGCAAUUGACUUGGUCUUUGGAUCAGGGGACGCCCGCUGACCUUCAGUUCUCCUGUGCUGUUGUAA